AUGUCUCUUCUAGAAGGACGGAGCAUCAACAAACCACUUCCAUAUGAGAUGUACGAGAGGCAUGAAUUCAAUUUGUGGAGGAUGCAGAUGGAAAGCUUCAUCUUCAUGAAAGACUUUGAUAGUGGCUUGACAGUGAGAAGAUCAACACAAAAAUCAGAAGCAAACCAAAAGGAUCAUAGAACAGUACUAGCAGUGAUGUUGAGUGCAAUGACUACUGUUCUGAAUAAUGUGCUAGUGGCUGCUUCAGUGCACAAUGUGCUUUACUAUGGUGCCAAAGGAGAUGGGCACACAGAUGAUACCCAAGCAUUUUUAAAAGGUUGGAAUGCAGUGUGUGCAGAUGCUGGGGCUCCUACGCUUCUUGUUCCAUCAGGAAAAACCUUUUUGUUGAGCCAAAUUACAUUCUCUGGCCCAUGCAAAGCUAAAAUCCAUGUUCAGAUUGAUGGAACACUCAUGAGACCCAACGUGGUAUGGGAGAGUAACGAGCAAAGUUGGAUUCUAUUUAACGGUCUUGACGGUUUGGUUAUAGACGGUUAUGGAGAGAUAAACGGCCAGGGACUAUCUUAUUGGGAUUGUAAAAUUAGAAACAUAUGCUCCACUGCCCCCAAUGCGUUAGAGGUGGCGAACUGCGACGGAUCAACGGUGAGGGGCUUACUGAUCAGGAACAGCCCUGGAAUGCAAGUGGUGUUGGGCUUCAGUUCGAAGGCCCAAAUUAAUGGGCUCACCGUGAUCGCUCCUGGAGAAAGCCCAAAUACCGACGGCGUCCACAUCAGCCACAGCCAGCACGUCGCUGUGUCCAACUGCGUAAUUUCCACAGGAGAUGAUUGCGUGUCGAUCGGCAAUGGUACCUUCGAUGUGAACGUUAGCCGCAUCACAUGUGGGCCCGGUCACGGAAUAAGUAUUGGUAGCCUUGGUGGGCAACACUCUGUGUCAGUGGUGGAGCAAAUUCGUGUGUCGUAUUCUCGUAUAUUUCACGCAACAAAUGGACUGAGAAUAAAGACAUGGCAAGGAGGAUCGGGGCAUGUAAAAGGGAUCACCUUUGAGCAUAUCAACUUGACAGCAGUGUACAAUCCCAUCAUUAUCGACCAGUACUACUGCCCUAACCAAGUUUGCUCUAACAAGACAUCGGCGGUUGCAGUGCGGGACGUGAAAUACUACGGAAUAAGAGGGACGAGCAAUCAGAGAUUCGGCAUCAACUUGAGGUGCAGCCAGAGCAGGGCCUGCACGGGCAUCAAGAUGCAGAAUGUGAUUAUCCAGCCGGCGUCGCCGGGACAGCAGGUGGAAGCUUACUGCUUCAACUCCCAUGGAACAGAUAUACAGCCUGUUUUUCCUGCUGUCCCUUGUUUGGUUUCUCAAUAGAUUUGCCAUCGAUCCUCAUUAUUGUUCUAUCUAGAUUUUUCGAGAUAUUU